CUCUUCCCCCGCGCUGGCUCGGGGGGGAUCCGGGAGCUUCUCUCGCGGCCGCCGGUGGCGCUCCGAGGGACUCGCCGAAGCCGGCGCUUCCCAGCACAGGGAUUGGAGAGGGGGGUGGGUGGGAGCUUCGGGUGGAUCAGGCGCCCGGUCGCUUUCCUUCCUUCCUUCUUUCCUUCCUGCCUCUCUCCACGAGAGGAGCUUCCAAAGCGAAAGUGGAGUCCGCGCUCUUCCCGGAAACUCUCGGGCGGUUCUCUAGCAGGCGUCACCGGGGUCGGCGUUGCGCCGCGCGGUAGCGGAUUCUCGGGCGCCGGGCUCUCCUCUUGAAAGAAGAUCGGAAGCCGGAGGGAUCCAGCGAGGAGAUCGGGAAGCUGCCUAGUCCCGACCCCGCUUGCUAACUGCCUGGGCCCGGAAGGGAACUUUUGCCCUUCCCGUCGAGCUCCGGCCAGGCGGCGGGGUCGGGACUGUUCGUGAGCGGGCGGGCCGAGAAGUUUUCGCUGGAGCCAGGUGUCGGACGAAGGCGACGGCGCCGCUUCCGCCGGGCGGGCUGUAGGGGGGACGGCGGCUCUGGAGACCCCCUUUCUCUUUCGUUCCCGCUCUGCCCCGGCGCGCGGCGGCGAUGAAGCUCAGCCGCCAGUUCACGGUCUUUGGCAGCGCGAUCUUCUGCGUCGUGAUCUUUUCCCUUUACUUGAUGCUGGAUCGGGGCCACUUGGACCACCCCAAGAACCACCGCCGCGAGGGCUCCUUCCCGCAGGGUCAGCUUUCUAUACUACAAGAGAAAAUAGACCACUUGGAACGCUUACUAGCAGAAAAUAAUGAAAUUAUUUCAAACAUAAGAGAUUCUGUGAUCAAUCUGAGUGAAUCUGUCAAAGAUGGACAGCGUACCCCAGAAGCUAUAAACUUUAGUCAAGGAAAUUUCUCAGAGUUAUCCUCUCUUACUACCACAUACCUCUCAGUUGAUCCUGAGGAUUGUCUGUUUGCUUUAAAAAGUGGUCGCCAGGCUUCAGAUGUACAGAUGCUUGAUGUCUAUGAUAUCCUCCCUUUUGAUAACCCAGAUGGUGGGGUUUGGAAACAAGGUUUUGACAUCACCUAUGAUGAACAUGAGUGGGAUAGUGAACCUCUUCAAGUUUUUGUUGUGCCUCAUUCACACAAUGAUCCAGGUUGGUUGAAGACAUUUGAUGACUACUUCAGAGAUCAGACACAGCAUAUUCUCAAUAAUAUGGUUGUAAAACUGCAAGAAGACAAACGGAGGAAAUUCAUGUGGUCUGAAAUCUCAUAUUUUUCAAAGUGGUGGGAUGGAAUAGAUAGUCAAAAAAAGGAUGCUGUGAAAAGGUUACUUGAAGAUGGCCAGUUUGAAAUAGUAACUGGGGGAUGGGUCAUGCCUGAUGAAGCCUCUCCACAUUAUUUUGCUUUAAUUGACCAGCUGAUGGAAGGACACCAGUGGCUAGAAAAAGCACUAGGAGUAAAACCAAAAUCUGGCUGGGCAAUUGAUCCCUUUGGGCAUUCACCAACCAUGGCUUAUCUUCUGAAAGGCACUGGAUUUUCCAAUAUGCUUAUACAGAGAGUUCAUUACUCAAUUAAAAAGCAUCUUGCAACUCAGAAGUCACUUGAAUUUUUUUGGAGGCAGAAUUGGGAUACGGGAUCUAAUACGGAUAUUCUCUGCCACAUGAUGCCUUUUUAUAGCUAUGAUGUUCCUCACACUUGUGGACCAGAUCCAAAAAUUUGCUGCCAGUUUGAUUUUAAGCGUCUGCCUGGAGGGAGAGUGAGUUGCCCCUGGAGAGUUCCCCCUGAAGCCAUUCAUUCUGGGAACGUACAGCACAGGGCAUGGAUGAUUUUGGAUCAGUAUAGAAAAAAGUCAAAACUUUUCCGUACCAGAGUUCUGUUGGCUCCUCUAGGAGAUGAUUUCCGUUACAGUGAGAGUUCAGAAUGGGACCAGCAAUAUCAGAAUUAUCAGAAACUAUUUGAUUACUUGAAUUCUCAUCCUGAAUUCCAUGUUAAGGCUCAGUUCGGGACUUUGUCAGAUUAUUUUGCCGCACUACGUAAAGCUAGUGAUUUGGAUGAAAAGAAGAGCAAUUCAGCAUUCCCUGUUCUUAGUGGAGAUUUCUUCACAUAUGCCGACAGAGAUCAUCAUUACUGGAGUGGGUAUUUUACAUCACGGCCCUUUUACAAGCGUCUAGAUAGGAUUUUAGAGUCAUAUUUAAGGGCUGCAGAAAUUCUGUAUUCUUUGGCCUUGGUGCAGACCAAAAAGUUUGAGAAAAUGAAAGUAUUUCCAUCAGUAGACCAUUACAAAUUAUUGACAGAGGCCAGGAGAAACCUAGGACUUUUUCAACAUCAUGAUGCAAUCACAGGGACAGCUAAAGAUUGGGUAGUUGUUGAUUAUGGUACCAGGCUUUUCCAUUCGUUAAUGAACUUGAAGAAAAUCAUCACUGAUUCUGCUCACAUUCUUAUUCUAAAGGACCAAGAAAUGUAUAGUUACAACCCAUCAACACCAUUCCUUACAAUGGAUGAUGCCCAGUCAUCACAAGACUCUUUGCCACACAAGACUGUCCUGCAAUUGAGUAGCCAACCAAGGUACCUUUUGAUUUAUAAUCCUACAGAACAAGAUCGUUCAUCGGUGGUUUCAGUCUAUGUGAACACACCCAGAGUUAAAGUACUGUCUCCUUCUGGAAGAUCUGUUCUAGUCCAGCUUGGUGCAGUAUGGGAUGGAAGUGCUAAAAUAACAAAUGAUGUAUAUCAGAUCUCUUUCUUGGCUCAUGUACCACCUUUGGGUUUUGGAGUUUACCAGCUUCUGGAAGGACCAAGUUUGGAAACUGUACUGGCUGAUUAUAAUCUCUAUCACAAUGAUAAAGCUAAGUUAGUCAAGACGGAUAGAGUUUUCAAUGUUAAAGAGAUACAGAAUGCUUUGGAUGAGAUCAUGUUGGAGAAUACCUAUAUGAAAAUCUGGUUCUCUGGAAAUUCUGGGCUUGUCGAGAAAGUGAAUACAAAAGAAGAUAAUAAGAACCAUCGUGUAAAGUUGGAGUUUGUUUGGUAUGGAACCACAAGUAACAGAGAUAAGAGUGGAGCUUAUCUCUUCUUACCAGAUGGAGAGGCCAAGCCCUAUGUUUUUUCUGAUCCACCUAUCAUCCGAGUUACACAUGGGAGGAUUUUUUCUGAAGUCACUAGCUUUUUUCAUCAUUUGACUCACACAGUACGGCUUUACAAAGUUCAUGGGCUAGAAGGACAGUCUCCUGAGAUAUCCAAUAUUGUGGACAUCAGGGGAGAAAAUAAUUAUGAGAUUGCAAUGAGAAUUUCAUCUGAUAUAGAAAGCCAUAAUAAGUUUUACACAGACCUCAAUGGAUACCAGAUUCAGCCUAGACAGACAAUGAGCAAAUUGCCUCUUCAAGCAAAUUUUUAUCCAAUGACUACAAUGGUUUAUGUCCAGGAUAGCAAGAUUCGCUUGACUCUUCAUUCAGCUCAGUCUCUUGGAGUUGCAAGUUUGAAAAGUGGACAAUUAGAAGUCAUCAUGGACCGUAGGCUUCUGCAAGAUGACAAUCGAGGCUUAGGACAAGGUGUACAAGAUAACAAAAUCACAGCUAAUCUAUUCCGACUUCUGUUGGAGAAAAGAAAUGGCGUAGAUAUGCAAGAAGAAAAGUCAUCAGUCAGCUAUCCCUCUCUCCUUAGUCACAUAACAUCAUCUUUCCUAAAUCAUCCUCUGAUUCCCAUGGUUGUUUAUGCAGAAGCGGGUGUCCCAUCACUUUUGAAUAUUUUUUCUCCACUACUUUCAUCCAUGCCCUGUGAUAUGCAUAUGGUUAACUUAAGGACAAUCCAGUCCAAGGCAGAUUCAGGGCCAUCAGACGAAGCAGCCCUUAUUGUUCACCGGAAGGGGUUUGAUUGUAGAUUCGUAAGAACAGACCUGGGACUCCUCUGCUCUACCACUCAGGGAAAGCUGAAGAUGCACAAACUCUUUAACAAAUUCCAUGUGGAAAGUCUUACACCAACAUCCUUAACUUUGAUGCAUUCACCACCUGAUGCCAGAAACAUGAGUGAGAUCAGUAUGAGCCCUAUGGAGAUAAACACAUACAGAAUUCAGCUGAGAUGAAACGUGACUUUUGAACUUGAAUAGUAAGGAGGGAUUUGCAACUUUCGUCUUCUCAAAGAUUGGUGUGCAAUAAGAAGCACAUUCUUUUUCAAUCCUGUGACAAUAAUUCAUUCUAGAAUUUAUUUGAUCUCCAGCACCGUAAAAAGCCAUGAUGCAAACAACUUUUGUAUUCUCUGAUAAAAUGCCAACAUCAGUAUAAAUACAACAAUUGGAGGAGAAACAGUUAUUACUCAUCAACAAAGUGAAUCUCAGGUUAAAUAUUACUUUAUGGCUUCUAAAUUUAUGAUUUUCUGUUUAAAAGGCAACAUUGAUUACAAAUGAUUUUUUUCCUCUGUAGGCAGCUUUUAAAUAAUUAUGUAUUGUUGAAAUCCCAGAUACAACUUGGUAUUGAGCCUGACUAUGCUCUGGCAAAGCUAUUGGCCAAAUACUCAUUAAGACUUGUAUAAAUGACAAUUUCAAUGUGUUCCACAUGGAGUCUGCAUUUAUUCCACUCUAGAAAUAGAGUGAAAUUCAAGAGCCUUUGAGAAGAGUGAAAGAUUUUAACCACCUUAUGCUACCAUGUUGGACAACAUAAAUUCUGGAAUUUCAGAUUCAUCUUCCUUUAGAAAUAUAAAAAACAAAUAACUUUCCGUUUUGUUACUUGACAGAUUGGGAUGUGUGCAAUUGUUCCCAUAUAUAAAAUACGGAAAGUCAAGUCUAUAAUUUCAUGAGGACAAGAUUUUUUAAUGAAACAUUUGGAUACUAAUGCUCUCUGAAAUGUUUUUUUUUUUCUAUUUCAAUAUUACCAUAUCAAAAUAAAUGUGCCUUAUUUUUUUGAUAUGUCUUGUUACUCCUUUGGUGUCCAUGCAGGGUUUGUGGAGGGUGGGCGGGUGAAAGUAAUACAUUAAAAACAUGUGUUUUUUAUUUGACAGUGAUGGUCACACUGUGAUCUCCCACAGCAAAUUUGGGCUGAUGGUAUUUUCAAUGUUUUGACUAUUUGAAUGUAGAGAAAUGAUAUCAUAAAGAAAAUGGGAGAACAAAGAAUUGUGUAGAAUUGAUCUGCUAUAAGUGCAGCAUACCCAGAAAACUGAAGACAUGCAAAAGGUGAAUUGCCAAUUAUAUUGCAGCAAACAGUACAUGGAAAAUCAGGUGCCUAAAUGUUUUAGAAUACCCCUGGUGUUCAUGGUUCCAUUGCCAAUGUUUGUUACUGAGAAGAAAUAACUUCUUUGUGACUAUUAAUUUUUGUAUCAAGUAUUUUUCACAGAGUUAUUGGAGCUGUGUGGAUUUAAAACAAGAAUAGGAAACUUUUAAGCAUCAGAAAUGUUGAACUAUAGCUCUUAAAACCCUCUACCAUUGUCCAAGCUGGAAGACUGAUAGGAAUUGAAGGAGGAAAUGUUUGGAUAGUAGAAGGUCCUCUAGGCCCGAUUUAAAAGUUCCUGGUGUAAAAAGUUGUACAAAAACUUUCAAAGCAAUUUAGGCUGCAAUCUUCUAAAUUCUUACAUUGGAGUAAGUCCUUUUGGCUCUUUCUUCUGCAUAGAUACAAGAUUGCACUGUAAAUUGCACUUCAAUAUGAUUCCGGUUCCUUUAACCCUAACACUUUUUCUACGUUUAGUGGUACAAACAUAAAUGAGUUCCUUGAAAACUGAUAGACGUAUUAGUAACUGGAAAAAUGGCUUAUGCUCAUGCAUUUGUCUAGUCUUUUUAUCUGAUUUGAGCCAUGUUAUUGUUAAGUGUGUUUAGCUAAAAUUCCAGGCUUAAAGAUUACAUUUAAAAUAAUCUUUAUAAUUUUCAAAUUAUGGAGGUUUUCUAUUUUAUAUUUCACCUACAUCAAAUUAUAUUAAUGGUAUUUCAUUGUUGAAAACUGGAUAAAUAUAUUUGGGGGAGGGAGGAAGUACAGUAAGCUAUAAAGGAAUAAUUUUCUGCAAGAAACAUUCAAGUUUAAAUACUCUUAGAAGAAAUUCUUAAAUGUUAGCAGGAAGUCCCAUAACUAUUUUAUGGAAAGAAAACAUGAUGGUAAAUUUUUGGGAAACCUCUGAAAAAUAGGUGAUGUGUUGCUUGAAGAAUGGGUGUGUUUCCUGUGAUGAACCCAGAAGAAAAAUUGACAACAGAGUCAAAAAUCAUGGUCUCUAGAAUUAUGUGAUAUAUUUGUAUACAGUACUCGUACACUGCCCAUUUUAGGCCUUAAAACUCUCACCAGCCUGGCUUUCAAGAAGUCUAGUGGAGGGCAAAAAUGGCUCUUGGACUAUCUGAAGUUACUGUUCCCUAUGAUAGAACAUGGUUCCUGUAACCCAGGCUUACACCAGGCUUACUCAGAUGUUCACUCGGUGUUAACCAGGACCAGCUUUGAAACCAUGUCUAAAUGUUUCUUAAGCAGAAGAUGUUUGCUUCAAUUCAAAAUUACUUUAUAUGGAAAAAGCCUUUUGUGGUAACAUUAAUUAAUUGAAUAAAUUCCUUUGUUUUCAGAAUCACUGUCCAUCUCACAUUGAUUUUUUUCCCUGUAAGCAAUUAGCUUUUGUUUUUUUUGUGAAUGUUUUUCUGCAAUUACACUUUCACAUAGUCUUGAUUAGUGCCAUUUUCGAAGCAUAGAGCAGUUGGACGGGUGUCCUCUUUCUUUGGAAGGUUUUUGACCUGCUAAUGGAAGAGGAAGGAAGCAAAUUUGUUAAUCCUUGCUCUCCCUUCUGCUCCCUGUAUCUCUAAAUAUCUGCUCCAGAGGUUUGAUACCCUACAGAGCAGUGUCAGAGGUGGCCCUUAGUGCUGACAUAUAAAGGAAUCUUCCUCUCCUUUUCUACUCUUGGAAGCCGUCUGAAAAGAACUGUGUGCAGAGGAUGCUGUCACUAAGAGUACGAAACUCUGGAUUCAUUCCUUUUAAGUUUUAAAGAUAAUUCAGCAGGACUUCUAAAAGAAGCAUGUGCUCUAUGAUAUACACUUGAAAACAUUCUCUUUGUUCUUCCUUGUAAAGCUGAAUCUGAAUUUCUUGUUUGGGAGCUCAACCAUGUUAAGGACUGUGAACAUGUUCAAAUGUUCUUUCAUAAUUGCAUUACUGUCUCUUGACACCAGCUGAUUUUCCUUCAGAGGUUUUCAUAUCUUUUUUUUUCUGGGAAGAUUUUAUAUCUAUGAGAGUGAUGAUGUAAUAUAAAUUUUCUAAUAAAAAUUCUAUGAUGAUAAACCUG